CACUCACCUUCAAAACCUCUUCUCUUUUCACACCACUCGCCACCAAUAUUCUCUUAUAAUCGCUGUUCCGCAUCUCAGACCCUGCAAUAGAGAUACUACUUCCCGUCAACUUGUACACAAUGAUUGGCAAGCGCAAGCGCAGCGACUCGCGAUCCGACACACCCAAUGCAGAAACCAUUGAUUUUACUGCGUUCCCCCAGAAACGACAAAAGAAACACGACCUAUCCACCGAACCCAUAUACACCAUCGCGCAAGUCCUCGCGUUCAAGACUGAAGUUAGGAAAAUCAGAGACUGGACUAGUUCAACCAUCGCCCAAAAGCACAUCCAAAUAAUCUACUGGUCCGACGUCGAAGGCUUGAGCAAAGCUGAGUGUUGCAAACGGUAUCCAAAUAGAAACGGCAACCCCAGCUCGUUAACGACUAUCUUCCAAGUGUACAACAAGUGGGCGCCACAAUUCUAUGCCGAGAAGGGCGUUGCGUAUGUACCACUGAGCAAGCGUACUGCAGCUCGUGGGGCAGUCGAGCGUCCUCCAAUGCAGAGGAAAAAGCGCGCCCGAACAACCAAAAGUUCAGACAUAGACCUCGAAUUGGAAAAGGCUUUUGCAACACUCCCCAAGUACGCACUAUCAGCGUCAACGCUGACUGAAACGUCUGCAGCAUGCUCGUGUCCAGCAUCGCCUUCCGACCUCUCCGCCUAUUCCCGAAUCAAUAACGUAGUACAAUUCCUCAGCAAGCCCGACAUCGACACCGACACUCUCCCCUCAGGCCCUCCCAUCCCCCUCGCAACCCUGCUCAAACACUGCACUGCCCUGCGCGCACCACUCCUCGCAAACCCACUGAUUGACGCUAUCUACCACGGCCCCGAAGUCAGCGCAGACACCGUCUGCCGCUUCGCCGCAUGCAUCUCCCCCACGCUGUGUUCGCGCCUACCGCCCACGGUAACGACGCCCUACGGCGUGUUCGAGCAAGCCUGGAACACCUCCGAGCUAGAAGACCUUUACGUCUUCGCCGGGAGCGUGGGCGCGUGGGGCGUGUGCGAUCUAGUGCUCGACCGGUGGAGCGAAGAGCUCCGGCGGCCGGAGGCGCGGCAGGUGCUGAACGAGUGGGGUGACGUUGAGGCGUUCGAUGUGCUUGGAUUCGGUCCUGAGUUCAUGAGUUUCUUGCAGGCGAACGAUGGGAAGGGGUUUGCGUUCUUUGGGAGUGUGCUUGUGGGUGCUGGACAGGAGGGGUGGGAUAGGAUGGGGGCUGUGGGGUUGGCGGGUUGGUGCCGGGAGACCAAGGAGGCGCUUGUGGAGAUGGUGAGGGAGGGAAGGGUGGUUGAUUUGCGGAACGCAUCGCGGGACGCGGUUUGUAAAGCUUUUCACCACCGGGGUUGGGUCACGGCAGCGCCUACACGUCCGACACACGAUCAGCGGCCGUCCUGUUUCAACGUGGACGAGAACGUGCUGCAGCUCACCAUCCCAGACUUCCCCGCCGUCCCCUCACAGGACAUCAGCGACGACCUCACAGACUUCAUAACAUGCAAGACCGACCGCCUUCGCCAACACAGGAACGAUUACCUUCUCAAUCGUAUGCAAUACACAAAUCCCAAAUUCAACGCCAUCCACAAUACGCCAGAGAUCUGUGCUGAGAAGCUUCGACUGGUCCGAGAGAAACUGACACUUUUCGAGGACGAGGGUAUCGAACUGAGUGAUGAAGAGGCAGCGAGAGCCCUGGUCCGGUUGAGCGUUCUGAGCGUGGGAGAGGAAGGGGAGGAUGAGUGCAAAUACGAGAGACUGUGAGAGUGAAGAAGUUUUGCAUUGUAUGCGCCUUAGGAACUCGAUUGCCGCAAACAAAUGGUUAAUGACAGAAAGAUGGGCAAGCGGCUCAUGAAGGCUCUAACGGAGCUCAGCUCGGUUUGCCCUAUCGGACGCGUGUUU